GGAAACCCAAAGAAGAAGGUGGCUGAAAAAACAACUACUAAAUUAAAGAAAGAAGAAAAGCAGCUUACUUCACGAGCUCAACUCUCUUCUUUCUCUCCAAGUCUAUACACACACAAAAAGAUCUUUAUAUCGUGAUGAAUAAUAACACGUCUACUAAAUCAAAACCUUAACACAAGUUCAAUCUCAUCAUUUACUUUGUUAUAGGUAAGUACAUAUUUCACGGGAUUGAACUCAUCCAUCACUUUAACAGUAGGACAAGGAAUGGACGUGCCGAUCAUGCAUGAUAGUGAUAGAUAUGAGCUUGUCAAGGAUAUUGGUGCUGGUAAUUUUGGUGUUGCAAGGCUUAUGAGGGAUAGGCAAACUAAUGAGCUUGUUGCUGUCAAGUAUAUCGAGAGAGGUGAGAAGAUUGAUGAAAAUGUUAAGAGAGAAAUCAUCAACCAUAGAUCAUUGAGGCACCCUAACAUAGUCAGAUUCAAAGAGGUCAUUUUGACACCAACUCAUUUGGCUAUUGUGAUGGAAUAUGCAUCUGGAGGAGAGCUGUUUGAGCGCAUAUGCAAUGCUGGCCGUUUCAGCGAGGAUGAGGCACGGUUUUUCUUCCAACAACUCAUAUCAGGGGUCAGCUAUUGUCAUGCUAUGCAAGUAUGCCACAGAGACUUGAAAUUAGAGAAUACACUACUGGAUGGAAGCCCUGCACCAAGGCUAAAGAUUUGUGAUUUUGGAUAUUCUAAGUCCUCGGUGUUGCAUUCACAACCAAAGUCAACUGUUGGUACACCUGCAUAUAUUGCUCCAGAAGUGUUAUUGAAGAAAGAAUAUGACGGGAAGAUUGCAGAUGUCUGGUCUUGUGGAGUGACUUUGUAUGUCAUGCUGGUGGGAGCAUACCCUUUUGAAGACCCAGAGGAGCCUAAAAAUUUUCGGAAGACAAUACAGCGAAUCUUGAACGUACAGUAUUCAAUUCCUGAUUAUGUACAUAUCUCUCCAGAAUGUCGUCAUCUAAUAUCAAGGAUUUUUGUUGCUGAUCCUGCAAAGAGGAUAUCGAUCCCUGAGAUAAAGAACCAUGAGUGGUUUUUGAGGAACCUUCCUGCAGAUCUGAUGGAUAAUACUACAAACAACCAGUUUGAGGAGCCAGAUCAACGUACGCAGAGCAAUGAUGAAAUCAUGCAAAUAAUAACUGAUGCCACCAUUCCUGCUGCUGGGACCAACAGUCUUAAUCAUUACCUCACUGGAAGCUUGGACAUUGAUUAUGACAUGGAAGAAGACUUGGAGAGUGAUCCUGACCUUGAUAUCGAUAGCAGCGGAGAGAUUGUCUAUGCAAUGUAAAAGAUAUGUGGAUGGCUAAGUUGACAGAUCAAACAUCACCAGUUUGAGUAUCCACUGCUUCUUGUAUAUGAAAUACAGUUUGCAGCAAUUCAGGUCUUUCCUCUUUGUUUUACGCAGUGGCUGUUGCUGUCGCAUGUUGCUUGAAUUUCCCUUUUAAAUGUGUGUUCUUGCAAACUACUAUGUAACGAUUUUAUUUUACAGUAAUGUUUACCCGGUAGCUGUAAA